CCAGGCCCCAGGGAGUGUGACGUCACCUUGCAGGCCGGGAGGAAGCCGGGGAGCUAGGGAAGGGGGCGCGCCUCCCCUCGGUGAUGGCGGGGCCGCCCGUUCCCCAAGGCUUUGUUCCUUUGUUCUGGGCCGGGCCAACUGAGCUGCCGGGCAGCCUGCCCUCUGGUGUGCCCCGCAACAGGACCUCCUGGCCACUCGGCACGUGUCUGAGGUGCACUGCAAGACGUGUGCUGCAGACUGCAUCCUGUGCCCUGUAAGCCAACCUCGGAGGGCAUAAGGCACCCACCCUGGAAGGGGAGCGGGACAUUCAAGCCCCAGACUGAAGCUGCCUGGGUAUCCACGUGUCCAAGUUCUAGCGGAACACAGUCGAGCUCCUGAGAUGGCAGGCCUGUCCUUUGCCGACUCUGCCAGUCUCCAUGAGGGACAUCCUCUACUUCCAUCAACUAGGUUUCGGGAAUCAGUGACCUUUAAGGAUGUGGUUGUGAACUUCACCCAGGAAGAAUGGAAACACCUGGAUCCUACACAGAGAGAUUUGUUCAGAGAUGUGACGUUGGAAAAUUAUACACACCUGGUCUCUAUAGGACUGCAGGUUUCCAAACCUGAUGUGAUUUCCCAGCUAGAACAAGGGACAGAGCCAUGGAUUGAGGAGUCAUGCAUUCCUAUUGCUUCCAUGGAAGACUGGAAGAUAAGACCUGAGAAUAGUGUUUCACUCCUAGAACUUGACAUCUCUAAAGAACAUCUGUCUUCAGAGGCAGUAGUAAACAGCUGCAAAAGGGAUGAUUCUUACAGCUCCAGUGUCUUAGAAACGUGGAAAUCUGAUAGGAGUUUAAAGAACCUUCAGGCAAACCAACAAACUCGGUCAAGGAAAGUAAAAGUAACUGAGAAAACAGCACUCACUUGUGAGAACAGUCUUGGUGUGAGUUCAAGCCUUGUAACACAAACAGAAGUAGUUCUAGAACAAACUUCACUCAAAACAAGAGCCAAGCAGAAUUCACACCCCGUCAAAAAAGAGAAGCUGUGUAAGUGCAAUGAAUGUGGAAAAGCUUUUACUUACUGUUCCGCUCUCAUUCGUCAUCAAAGAACACAUACUGGAGAAAAACCCUAUAAAUGUAAUGAAUGUAACAAAGCUUUCAGUCGAAGUGAAAACCUUAUAAAUCAUCAGAGAAUUCAUACAGGAGAUAAACCAUACAAAUGUGACCAGUGUGGAAAGGGUUUCAUUGAGGGUCCAUCUCUCACUCAACAUCAAAGAAUUCAUACUGGAGAAAAGCCCUAUAAAUGUGAUGAAUGUGGGAAAGCCUUUAGUCAGAGGACCCAUCUUGUUCAGCAUCAGAGAAUUCACACUGGUGAGAAACCAUAUACUUGUAAUGACUGUGGAAAAUCCUUUAGCCAGAGAGGUCACUUUAUGGAACACCAGAAAAUUCAUACAGGAGAAAAACCUUUCAAAUGUGAAGAAUGUGAAAAAACCUUCACCAGGAGUACACACCUUACUCAACAUCAAAAAAUUCAUACUGGAGAGAAAACCUAUAAGUGUAAUGAGUGUGGGAAGGCCUUCAAUGGGCCUUCAACAUUUAUCCGUCACCAUAUGAUUCAUACAGGAGAAAAGCCUUAUGAAUGCAAUGAAUGUGGAAAAGCCUUCAGUCAGCACUCAAACCUGACUCAACAUCAAAAAACACACACCGGUGAAAAACCCUAUGAUUGUGCCGAAUGUGGAAAAUCCUUUAGUUACUGGUCAUCCCUUGCUCAACAUCUGAAAAUUCAUACAGGAGAAAAGCCCUACAAAUGUGGUGAUUGUGGAAAGGCCUUCAUUUACUGCUCAUCCCUUACUCAGCAUCGGAGAAUUCACACUCGAGAAAAACCCUUUGAGUGCAGUGAGUGUGGAAAGGCUUUCAGUUAUCUGUCAAACCUUAAUCAGCAUCAGAAAACUCACACCCAGGAGAAAGCCUAUGAAUGUAAGGAAUGUGGGAAAGCCUUUAUUCGAAGUUCAUCUCUUGCUAAGCAUGAAAGAAUUCAUACUGGAGAGAAGCCUUAUCAAUGUCAUGAAUGUGGGAAAACCUUCAGCUAUGGCUCAUCACUUAUUCAGCAUAAGAAAAUCCAUACUGGUGAAAGACCUUACAAGUGUAAUGAAUGUGGGAGAGCCUUUAGCCAGAAAAUACACCUUACACAACACAAAAGAAUUCAUACAGGAGCAAAGCCGUAUGCAUGUCCCAAGUGUGGUAAGACCUUUCGACACUGUUCAUCUCUUGCACAACAUCAAAAAACUCACACAGAAGAAAAACCCUACCAGUGUAACAAAUGUGAAAAAUCCUUUAGCCAGAACUCCCAUCUGACUCAGCAUCAGCGAAUUCACUCGGGAGAGAAGCCCUAUAAGUACAGUGAAUGUGACAAAUCCUUUACCCAGAGCAUGCACCUAAGUGAACAUCAGAGUACUCACACUGGAGAGAAACGUUACAACUGUAAUGAAUGCCCAAAGACUUUUAGCCAGGACACAUACCUUAUUCAGCAUCAGAAGAGUCACUCAGGAGAGAAGCUCUUUGGGUGUGGUGACUGUGGAAAAGCCUUCAGGUAUCGCUCUGCUCUCACCAAACACCAGAGACUGCACCCUGGCACAGCUGCUCUGGGAACAUCAUAAAUAUAGCUGCUGUAUUCUUCGUUUUUUAGUGAUGAAUCAGAGCGGGGUGAGGAACUCCUUAAGGUAUUUUAAAUUUUUCCUAUCUCAUGAUGAGAUAGUCCAUUGGGCUGAACUAGGCCAAAUAUGUUAUUAGCAUUGUGACAAGCUACUUUAAGUUUCUUUUGUGAAUGAGGUGAAACAAAAGAUUGAAAGAUGAUUUGAAAGGUAGUUUGGAGUUUUAUACUCAGUUUUGUAUAUUUACAAUAUAUUCUUAAAUAGUUGCACUAUUCAUCCACAUUUUGUCUUGAAUCUACAAUGUGUGUGGGUUUUUGCAUGUUUUACUAGGAGAAAUUUGUAUUUCAGUAACUAAGAAUUUGUUUUGCUCCUGUUCUAAUGCACUUACGUUAUUCAGGUAACUGGUCCUUAAAUAAAAAUAAUUACAAAAUACAAUCAAACUCAAUUGCCUGUGACUAUUAAAAUUUGUCAGCAGGUUCAUUGGUGUGUACCUGUAUUUCCAGCUGCUUAGGCUGAAGUGGAGGGUCACAGGCCCUGGAGUCUAAAGUAGACUGGACAGUACAAUGAAUUCUCAUCACAAAAACCAAUAUUUCCUCUUUCAGCUUUAAAAUAAUUUGUACUAGGAGUCACAGCUAGAGAGGUCUGCUCCUACAAUGUGUGGUGCACCUGGUUGCCCAUGGUGUCUUGGUUGGGGUUGCAAUAACAAAUAGUUAUGGUUUAAACAAGAGAAUUUUAUUUCUCACAGUUCUGAAGGUUGGAGUCUGGAAAGGUCCACUGUCUGGUAUAGUCUGCUAUGUCCUUAGGUGCUUACAUGGCAGAAAACAGAAAUCCUGUUCUUGAGUGUUCUAUGGUUGAACCUUCCAGACACUCAUUCGUAAUAACACCAUAUUGGGGAGUAAGUUUUCAGUUUAUGAAUUUGGAGAUAAUUUAGUCCUAACAACUGAGAACAAGAUUUAGUGCCAAGGCUGCCCUUAAGACUCAUGUCAGUUGGCCCAGGGUAUGGAACCAAGGCUUCAGAAAAUCUGCAGCCCUAGUGCUCACUUUUUGAGACAUAAUCUCUGUUGUGUAGCCCUGGCUGUCCUAGAACUUAUAGUGUAGACCAGGCUGGCCUUGAACUCACAUCUGCCUAUCUUUGCCUCUUGAGUGCUGGGAUUAACAGCAUGUGCUACCGUGUCUAGCUAUUAAACUUCUAAUUUGAGCCCUGGAAAGAACAAUUGACCUAAGCUCCUUUAGUUAGUUGCUCUUCUCUUUCUCUCUCUCUUUUUUUGGAGGGGGGCAGAUUUUCAAGACAGGGUUUCUCUGUGUAACAUCCCUGGCUGCCCUGGAACACACUCUGUAGACUAGGUUGUCCUUGAACUCACAGAGAUCCACCUACCUCUGCCUCCCGAGGGCUGGGAUUAAAGGCGUGCGCCACCACCACCGGCCAGUUGUUCUUCCCCUUGGCUGUUCACAGCUUAGUUUAUUCAGCCCACAUGAUGUAGCUGUUGAGUGUCAUCUGGUUUAUAUAGAUUUUUCUCAAGCUCUGGGAGGCAGGUUGACUUGCUUCUUCCCCAAAGUACAAAAACUAAGCUACAGUGUAAAGUUAUUCAUUUACACUUGGUUUCCUUGUAUCAGAAUCAGAACAAUAUUUUAUACAUCCUAGAGCAUGAUCUACAUUAACCGUGCUUUCAGUUUUGAAUGAGUGACUUCAUGAAGUACACAGCAAGCAAAAGGUGUACAAGGGACCACAACAGUCCUCUGUGUAUUGUUCCAAAUUUAGUCUAUUUGUCACCAAAGUGAAGUUUUUUUUUUAAGAUUUAUUUUUACUUAUGUAUAUAUGUGUGUAUCUGUGUGAGUGAAUGGCGUAUGUGUGUGGGUUACCUAGAAGGUAAGAAAAGGGCCUGGGACAGGCAGCUGUGAGCUGCCCACAGUGAAUGCUGAGUGCUGAAUUCCUGCCCUCUUCAGGAGCAGUAAGCACUCCUAACCACUGAGCCAUCUCCAGCCCUGGACUACACUUAAGAUGAUUGGGUAAGGACAUCCUCUGCUGUGACCAUCCACCAACCAGUCUGAGUUAUUUUAUGAGCCCAGCUCAGGUUUUCAAUUGGAAAUCAUGUGUAGCUAUUAGAAACCAAGAUUGUUAGCUGGGUGGUGAUGGUUACACAUCUUUAGUCCCAGCACUUGGGAGGCAGAGGCAGGUGGAUAACUGAGUUGGAGGCCAGUGUGUUGUACAGAUUGUUUUCUUAUGGAAAUUCUGGCUUUGCUACAAAGCCUACUAUAAAUGAGCAUGGAUACCUGCUGGUGUAGAUGAAUACUCACUAUUAAACCCGCACAUAGUUCCUAUUCUGUCCUCUAGUCUGUUAGUGCUGGAAGAUGUUGGCAGUCAAUAAUUAUUUAAGAAAUAUGGCAGAACAAGUUAAUGUUUAAAGAAGGUCCAUUAACUGUCCCCUUUUUAAACUGUAAUUAGGGGUUUCUUAGUGGUUAAGAAUAUUUGUUUCUGCCCCACCAAUUCCCAAAUACCCAGUAGCCAGAGGCUUAAUAUUACUUAUAAAUGCUCAGCUGGUAGCUCAGGCUUAUUGCUAACUAGCUCUUAUACUUAAAUUAAGCCAUAAUCCUUAUCUGUGUUUAGCCACGUGGCUUGGUACCUUUUCUCAGUACAGCAUUCUCAUCUGCAUCUGGCUGAUGAUUCCCGACUCUGCCCUUCCUCUUCCCAGCAUUCUCAGUUUGGCUUUCCUGCCUAACUUCCUGCCCAACUACCGGCCUGUCAGCUUUUUAUUAAACCAAUUUGAGUGACAGAUCUUUACAGUGUACAGGAUUAUUCCAUAGCAGGUGUGGCUUGUGUUAUUUACUGAAAAGUAGUCGCUCUCCAAUGUUCCCAUAGAGAUGUGAGGAACAGGAAACAGCAAAAGCCAUAUUAUGGCUUUGCUGAUAUAGCUAAAAGCUCAUAUAUGAACCAAGCCAGUGACAGUCACUGAGGAAAAAAGGACAUUUCAGAAGUGGGACCAGCAGUGCUUGAUAGCCAUCUGUGUGGCAAGGAAAUGAGUUGCUGCAAAUAACAUCAGAUUCCACUGGGAUAAAGGUAUGUGUGGUUUGCUCCUUGCCCCCUUGGAUUUCGGGCAGGCAGGUUCCUGCUAUGCCAGACUUCACCAGAUGCUUGAGCGUUUAUCAUUGCUGACUGUGCCCCUGAAUUUGAAUAGCACUUCCCAGUUGGGAUGGUUAAUAUUUACUGCCACCUUGGUUGGAUUUAAAACCACCAGGAACCAAACCUCUAGGUGUUGCCUGUGAAGGUUUCCAGAGAGGAUUAACUGAGGAAGGAAGACCACUCUGUGUGGCAACAUCACAGGGGCUAGGGUCUGGUGCACAGUAUGAGCAGAGUGUGGUGGCUUGAAUGACAAUGGCUCCCAUAGGCUCAUAGGGAGAAUAGGAGUAGGUGUGUCUUUGUUGAAGAAACUGUGUCACUGUGGGUGAGCUUUGGGGUUUGAGAAGCCCAAGCCAGGCCCAAUGUCUCUCUCUUCCUGCUCCCUAUGGAUUCAGAAGGAGAACUCUCAGUUCCUCCAGUACCAUGCCUGCUUCCUGUCAUUCUUAUAAUGGACCAAACCUCUGAACUGUGAGUAGGCCCCAGGUAAAUGCUUUCCUUUAUAAGAGUUGCCAUGGUCAUGGUGUCUCUUCACAGCAACAGAAGUGACCUAGAUAGAUCAGCCAGCAUUCCUCUCUGUCUGUUUCCUGACCUCAGACAAAGCUGCCUAAUGCCUUACCUCAGCUGACACUGCCAUGCCUUCAUUGCUGUGUGGGGCCUAAUGAACCCUCCCAGGCUGUUUCAGUCAAGUACUUUGUCACAAUAAGAAAAGUAGCUAAUGCACCAGUCACUGUGACUAGUAACAUACAGUCUAGUGUAAGCGAUACUGUGUUAGAUCCCCUGAUAGACAGAGAGAAGGGCCAUGACCAGAUAAUAAAAAUGGUAAAAUUCCAAAGUGGCUGGCUUCUUCCUCACCCUCUGGACCUAAGACAAAAGCCUGACAGUUUAAAACAGACUUCGAGAAUGUUUCCCCCCAGCCAAUAGGGCCCCUCUGCCUGUGUCCUGGACAAGUUUAAGGUCAGACCAGGAUGAGUUUAGCCCAAACUUGUGGACCAAUCAGCCUCCCUGUGUUUAUUCAAAUUGACCAACCCUAAAUUAGGGGUAGGAAGACCAUCUAAAAGACCCUUAACAUGCCCAGCCCUCAAGGAGAGACCAGAAUUCCAGUUCCUGCAUCACGUCACCCCUUGGCUUUGCAGAGGGUCUUUGUUCAUGCUUACUGCAUGUGUUUCUCCAACCCUAAUAAAAGCCUUUCUUUACCAGCAGAUUAUGUCUGCUGUGUCUGGGAUCUACCCCUCUGCUGCCUGUUGGGCUACAGAUUUUUUUCCCUGCCUUUUAAUUCUUUAACUGGCUGAGAAGAGGAACCUGAUCAAGCUCCAUAGGUGGUAACUGUAUCACUGCAGUCAGUAGAAAAGGCUGGAUUAAAGAUGAGUUCCCUUUUAAGCAUGUUGGUAGUGGUGCCAACAGAAUAUUGCACUGGAUCGGGACCCCUAGGAAGGAACAUUAACUGACUGAGAAAGGUCUAUGUGGAGAUGUGGGACUACACAGAGGCAAGGGUUUAAGUCUCAGCAGGAGAGUCUAGAGAGCAGGAGGAGAGGUGUUGGAGACAGAACUUUUGGGGAAUUCAAGAACCACAGAGAAGAGUCAAAGAAGAGGUAAGUCAGAAAAUAGGAGACUACAGCUGUGAGUUGAGUGAAGAAAUCCCAAGGAAGGUCUGGGAUGUAUUCAGCCUGCACUGACUGGGCAUUUGCUCCAGGAAGGAUAGAUAUAAUCUGCCAAUAGAGUCCUUGUAGGUGGAGUCUUUCAUCCAGACCAUGAUCAGCUCUGUUCCACCAGCCACUUCCCAAAUAACCACUCAGAGACUUAUUAAUUAUAAAUGCUUGGCCAAUAGCUCAGGUUUAUUACUAACUAACUCAUACAACUUAAAUUAACCCAUUUCUAUUCAUCUAUGUGCUGCCUCAAGGCUCGUAUCUUUUAUCUCUCCUGCAUGUCCUGCUUCCUUUCUGUCUGGCUGGAGACUCUCUGACUCUGUGCUGCUGCUUCUCAGGAUUUUCUCUGCCCAGAAAAUCCCGACUAGCCGUUGGCCAAUCACCUUUUUAUUAACAAUGAGAGCAAUACAAUACUGUAUAUAAAGAUUGUUCCACAAGUUCUCAGAACAUUGAAGUUUUUAAAUAGGUAUAGUCACGUGGUUGAAAGUCACAAAAAGUACAUGUUUUUUCCUAGAGAUCUAUAGUAUACAAUUAUGGAGAAGAAUUAAGAAUGAUGUGGAAAGAGGUCCAGAAUCUACUGAGUGAAAAAGUUACUAAUACAGCCAGAGAGAGAGAGAGAGACAGAGAGAGACAGAGAGACAGAGACAGAGAGAGAGAGAGAGAGAGAGAGAGAGAGAGAGAGGAAGGAGGAGGAGAGAGGCCACCAGCUAUGGUGGCCUACUCCUGUGAUAUCAGCACUUGGAGUGGGGCCUGGGAUGAAGUAGGAAGACUGCUGUUAACCAGCCUGAGUUACAUAGCAAGACCCUGUUUAAGAAAAAUGAAAGGUGUAACAGUCUGUGUGUGUGUGUGUGUGUGUGUAUGAAACUCUAGAAAAAUUCAUAUCAAAGAUGGUGAUGACUGGGGCUUCUAGACAGAUGGAACACAUGUAUGGGAGUGACAAGUCUUUCACUAUAUUUUAAGUGUGCUUUUGGUGACCCCUAUGCUGUCAGGGUUGGAAUUUUUUCCCCCUGAUUGUAUUACUUUUUUUUUAAAGUGAUAAAACACCAUGAUCAAGGCAAAUUUGAAAGGGGUUAUUUGGGCUCUUGGUUCCAGAGCAUAAGAGGCCGUCAUGGCAGGGAUGCGGCAGGCCUAGCCACUGGAACAGCAGCUCAGAGCUCGCAUCUUCAAUCUCAAGCAGGAAGCAGGGAGGGUGAACUGAGAAUGGCACAUGGAUUUGAAACCUCAAAGCCCACCCCCAGUGAGAUACUUCCUCCAACAAGGCCACACCUUCUAAACUAUCCAAACAGAACCCCCAACUGGGAACCAAAUAUUGAAAUGCCUAAGGCUACGGGGGACAUUCAUUCCACCACACUAAGUGACAAAGAUGCUGUAUAGCUUUGUUUUCCCUUUCACAGACUAUAUAACUGGGUUUUAGGGAGACAGGUUAAGUUUAAGGGGCUCAGAGUGAAGAUGGCAGGAAAAAGAACAGAGAAAAUAGUCUAAAGGGGUCAAAAUGUUAGAGGAACCUAGCCUGGUGACAAAGGCAGCAUGUGCAUUUAAUGAAGUGCUUUUUGUUUAAGAUUUAUAAUUUUUUUUUUUUCGAGACAGAUUCUCUCUAUGUAGCCCUGGUUGUCCUGGGACUUACUCUGUAGACAAGACUGGCCUCAAACUCCAUUCUUGCCUCUGACUCUUGAGUGCUGGGGUUAAAUAUGUGUACCACCACACCCAGCUCAAAAGAUUCAUUUUAUGUGUAUGAGUAUUUUGUCUGUGUAGCCAGAAGUUUUCCUGUGUCCCACCUGGUCCACAGCCGCUCAGACCCAAGUAAACACACAGAGGCUUAUAUUAACUAAAAUUGCUCAGCCAUUAGCUCAGGCUUCCUACUGACUAGCUCUUACCCUUAAACUCAGCCCAUUUUUGUUACUCUAUAUGUCACCACAUUUUCUGUGGCUUUACCUGUGUACCAUUACAUGCUGCUCCCUGGACAGCAGGCUGGCGUCUCCUGACUCAGCCUUCCUCUUCCCAGAAUUCUCCUUGUCUGCUUAUCCUGCCUAUACUUCCUGCCUAGCUACUGGCCAAUCAGCAUUUUAUUAAACCAGUGUACAAAAGCAUUAUUCCACAGCACUUCUGCAUGUAUGUAUGUGCACCUGUGUCUGCUUGAUAUGAACAGAAAUUUGAAGAUGUUGGAUCCCAUGAAACUGGAGUUGCAGAGUAUUGUGAGCCACCAUGUGGGUUCUGGGAACUGAACUCAGGUCCUCUGUAGGGGCAAAAAAUGUUCUUAACCACUGAGCCAUCUCUCCAGCCCAUGAAUAUGUUUGUUUGUUUGUUUCCCUCUUCAUAGUAAAUAAUUAGCUACACUCAUUUAAGCAAUAAAAUACAUCACUAGGAAACUAAAAACCAAAAGGAAGCCAGGUGCACGCCUUUAAUCCCCCAGCACCAAGGAGGCAGAGACAGGUGGAUCUCAGCGUUAGAAGCUGAGAUCUUGGUCUACAGAGUGAGUUCCAGGAUAA